UUUCAGGCACUGCUGGCUUGAUGCAAAUACUUCCUUCGGAAGUUCUGGAUGAACUAACUCAGGUUGUUUUUUUUUAUUUUGUAAUUAAUUGAAAUAAUAGAAAGGGCUUAUAACGAAAAUGGGUAAAUUUUAAGGACGAUUGCCACUAUUUUAUCGAAUUUCAGGAAUGUAUCCAUAAAUCGAUCCCUAUGCUUAGCCUGUACCCUAAAUCGAUCCCUCAACCUAACCUAAACCCUAAUUCACUGCAACUAUAAACUAUAAUAAACACCGUGGCAGCCGUCCUUAAUAUUAGCCCUCCAAACUCAAAAAAAUACAGACCAAAUCCAUAAACUCAUAAACAAAGGGCAAAGAUAGGCAAAAGUUAACAAUUAGAAUUAGCAUAUAAAUUAUUAUAAAUAAAUAAUCUUAAGCUAUAUAUUGACAUUGCCUAGCAUAGAUUAGCAUAUUACUAGAUAUCAGGCAAGCCAUUGUAGGCCUUUUAAAAAUAAUAUUAAUUUUUUUAGACUGACUUUAUGACUUUUGUUGUUUUAAUAUAGAAUAUAAUAUAUUAUAUAGGCCAUAACAGUAAUAGGUAUAGGUUUUUUAUAUUAUUAUUAUUAGUUAAUAACUGACUGAUAUUUUAAAUUCAAUUCAUCAUACUUAGCCUGGGGCCUAAUUAAUAAAUUAUGCCUAAGUAAAAUAGAAUGCACAAUAAUUAUAUUUUUAAUCUAACUGAAAAUUUUUAAUUGAUUAUUUUUAAAAAUAAGAGUUAUUUUUUAUUUUAACAAUAAACAUCAGCCUCCUGAUUCAAUGCUUAAAAUAGCCUCAUUACAGUACAGCAAUAUGGUUUUCAACAAAUUAAAUUAUUUCAGACCCUCGCUAAUGCCACAAUGCACAUAGAAGGAAUGAGUCGACAGGUAUCCUAGCUAUUGGAAAUUUAAAAUGUUUACAAUUACAAUCUUUUGUUGAUUUUUAAAUAAUUUUUCCAUUGAUUUUAAUUACUUAAAUAAGUACAAGAGUCAAAGUCAAAGACUGUCUUUUUUUGUGUUGGCCUCUGAUUUUGGUAUUGCAACUUUGCAUUAAUAGUUGUUUCCGUCAAUCAUUUGAAUAUGCCUAUAUUUUUAUGAUUUAAUAUUUUGAAUAAUGAUUAUUGAUUGUGGAAUAUCUUUUUUCUUUAAAAUGGUAUAAUACACUGGUGGGCAAACAUGCGGCCUAGCAACUGAUGUUAUGCGGCCCCCGAGGGCAUUUAGGAAUAAAAAAAAAUUUCUUGGUUUUUAAGUUAUCUUGUUGUAUUUCAUGUACCCUUAUGAUGGGUUUAACAUUUUUAUAAAAUUUCUUUCCAAUUUUCUAUUUUUGUGAACAGUCCUUGACCUUGGUAAUGUAAUACUAAAAUGGCAUAAUUUGUAUUCGGCCCUUCAAUAGCUUUUCAUUUGUCAAUGUGGCCCUACGCAUACAAAGUUUGCCCACCCCAGGUAUAAUACAUUCCGUUUUAGACUCUUCAGUUGUUUUUAAAAAAAUAUAUUUAUAGUCCCUAUACCAAAUUAUAUAUUACUAUUGUGUUAAGACUUUAUAACUGUAUUUGUGUUUUUCAUGAAAGAAAUUUUAUUUCAAAAAGUUUGGAACCUUACAAAAUUUAUAAAUCAUCUGGGUUUUUUCAUUGGCAUGUAAUCAACUCUAUUGGAAAGAUUAUCGAUUAGUUACUGUUGGAAAGUGUUUCUGUUAUUUUGAUGACAUUUUUUUAUCCUCACUAUGUUACAACCAGAAACAUUAUUUUACAAACAAAAAAUAUUACCUGGUAAACAAAGAUAUUUAUGCUUAAUUUGAAUCAUAAAACAGUUAUGUGAAUUGCACAUUUUCUUUAUCUUUUUCAGCCUCUGAAGAGGCAAAGGAGCAACCGCUCAGCUCGCAGCACAACAUCCUCAGCCAGAAGAAGACAGCAUGAGGAUGGAUGUGUUACUUGUUUAAGGGGAACUCUGCACUGCUAUAAUGUAUUUAUAUUGGUAAGUUUGGUAUAAUUUUAAUUUUAACUUAAAUAAUCAACAGAUAUUUCACUCAAUUUUAUAUCAAGCUUCAUUUAAAUAAUUUCACAUUACUUAUAAUGUUUAUGAAUUUAAAAAAAGUAGCCUAUGUAUUUUAAUUAAAAUAACAACCUUGUGUUUUCUUCUGUUCUUAAUUUUUUUUUACAAAUGCCUAAGCAAAUAAAUUAAAAUAUCAGAAAAAUAACAUUCAUUUUCAAGUAAAUUUUUUUGUCUGUUCAGAUAGUUGGAUGUGCAGCAUUAGGGAUUGGAAUCUGGCUGCUUGUCACAGACUUUGGGGCAAGGAAAGUCACCCCCAUUGUAGGCAACCAGUUGUAUGAAGUCACUACAUACUUAUUGAUAGCAGGUGGCGGUGCUGUAGCACUUCUUGCUUUCUGUGGUUGCUGUGGUACUAUACGUGAAGACAAAUGUGUGCUCUCCUUUGUAAGUAUUUGAUGUUUAGUUUUUCAUGUCUUAUAAUUUUUACAAAAUAAACUCGAAUAUUCAGUUUUUUACAAGUUAAAUUUCAUAUCAAAGCUAAAAGUAAGACUUUUUUUUUUUUUGGGUGGGGGGGGAUCAUUUUUCAAACUCAGCAUUGCAUAUUUUAGAGUUGCCUAAAUGAUUGAGAGCAUAUGUGUUCCUGUUUUAAAUUUGUACAUUAUUUUCUCUCUACAGUAUGGAACAACAUUAGCCAUUGUUCUCAUUGUAUUAGGAGCAGCCUGUGGAUUGGCCUUUUUUUUUAGAAGUGAGGUAAGCACCAUCCGCACAUUAGGGGUUCAUAAAAGUAAAAAAAAUUGUAUUUUUUUUUUAAAUUAUGAAUUCCUAACUUGAAUAUAAAAGUUUGUUUAGGUGUUAAUUAUCAUUUAUAAAAAUAGACAAGCCUACGAUUGGCUAAAAGUUUCACAAGGUAUCUUUGGGUUUUAAUAAAUUUGUUAAUUAAGUUUUAAGUUAUGGUGAAAAUUUUCUGUCACAGGAGUUGCCCUACAUUAUUUUUUUUAUUUAAAACAAUGGAAGAAGAUCAAUGGAUGAUAUUGUCUAGAACUUGCUUUAAGUAAUUUCUUACAAACUUGAGCAUGCAGACAUUUUCAUGGUGUUUUAUUGUGAUGACAGAGUGCUAUUUGCAAAUCUACAUUGAAAUAAAAGAGCAGAGUGCUUUUUGCUAAUCUACAUGGAAGUAAAAGAAAAUCUGAAGAUUAACAAAUUUAGCAAUUAAAUUUGUAUGUUUUUAUUAAAAUACAGAGAUUUGCACAUCUCCAACUCACAUGGAAGUAGUGCAUUUCAGUUGUUGGAAAUGGUUUUCUCUGUGGAGGGAAAAAGUAUUCAUAUUAGAGAAUUAUUUGUGCUGCCUUUCUCCCAAUCUUACACCUUCUGAUGCCGACUUGUGGUUAUUGUUAAAGGAGGGUGUGUUCUACUGCGAAGAUCCGCCAAGCACUGACAAAAAUAUAUUUCCUACCUUGGAGAGUAAAUGUCCCCAAUUAAUUUUUAAUCUGCCCUCCUGCUAAGGUUCACUCAAUAUGGGAAACACUGCAUUACCCAUAUAUGGUAAAUCAACGUACAUAUAUGUCAGUUUCUGUCCUUUAAGCACUGUAUUUUUUUUCAGCCCGCUAUAUAUGUUAAUUAUUUAUAUUCUUUAAUUUUAGCUGGCCACAAAAAUUCAAGGGCGAAUGCGAGAUACUUUAUCUAUUAACUAUGGUUUUGAGGUUCGAACAAAUGCAGAAAACAAAAGGAUAACAGAUGCCUGGGAUGCUAUGCAACGUCAGGUUAGUUUUGUUUCUUCUCAUUUAAAAAAAAAUGUUAUGUUAUUAUGCAAAAUUUGUAUUGACACAGCGCUGAAAUGAUAAAAGUUGUCCAGUUAGUCCCAGGAUAAUUUGUUUAUGAGAUUGUUAAAACAAAAAUGCUAUUGAGUAUGAACAAAGUUAAUAAUGAGAAUGGUAACAACCAAAAAAGACAUUAUGUACUUUGUCUUCUGAUGGUUUGAUACUUGAUGUGUUUUCAUCCCAUCUCCUGAUUUAAAGCUAUUUCUUAUGACUUAAAUUUCACAGCUUCAAUGUUGUGGUGUAGUGGGCAAUGUGACAUCAUUUGACUCAUGGAUGUACUACACAUCAAAGACUAAAUGGUCAGGUGUCAAAAGUAAGUAGCAAUAUUCAAUUACUCGUUUAAGUAUAGGAAUAAAGCUUGAUGGAUCAAAUACUGGUAAGAUUAGUGGUCAGUAUAAAAAGUGAAUAGACUUUCUCCUGAAAAUUCUUCUGCGUUAUAGCUUGGCAAAUGCAGUUAUGGUUUAUUGCUUACUUAUUUUCUUCCCAAACUUUGCAGAAGGUCAAAAUCAACGGGUACCAGAAAGCUGCUGUGCACCAGGUGACUUCAAAGUGUGCACAGGUGAACAAGAAUUUAAUGGACCACCUAGGUUUUUCCAAGGCCACCGGGAUGAAUUAAGACAAACAAAUCCCUUCUUAUAUACCACAGUAAGUGUGCAUGAUGAAAAUAUUGGUUUAGUAAGUGUGCAUGAAGGGAAUAGUGGUUUAGUAAGUGUGCAUGAUGGGAAUAGUGGUGUAUUAAGUGUGCAUGAUGGGAAUAAUGGUUUAUUAAGUGUGCAUGAUGGGAAUAGUGGUAACUGUGCAUGAUGGGAAUAGCAGUUUAACAAGUGUGCAUGAUGGGAAUAGUGGUUUAGUAAGUGUGCAUGAUGGGAAUAGUGGUUUAAUAAGUGUGGAUGAUGGGAAUAAUGGUUUAGUAAGUGUGCAUGAUGGGAAUAGUGGUUUAUUAAGUGUGCAUGAUGGGAAUAGUGGUAAGUGUGCAUGAUGGGAAUAGUAGUUUAACAAGUGUGCAUGAUGGGAAUAGUGGUUUAGUAAGUGUGCAUGAUGGGAAUAGUGGUUUAAUAAGUGUUGAUGAUGGGAAUAGUGGUUUAUUAAGUGUGCAUGAUGGGAAUAGUGGUUUAAUAAGUGUUGAUGAUGGGAAUAGUGGUUUAUUAAGUGUGCAUGAUGGGAAUAGUGGUUUAAUAAGUGUGCAUGAUGGGAAUAGUGGUUUAAUAAGUGUGCAUGAUGGGAAUAGUGGUUUAUUAAGUGUGCAUGAUGGGAAUAGUGGUUUAAUAAGUGUGCAUGAUGGGAAUAGUAGAUUAACAAGUGUGCAUGAUGGGAAUAGUGGUUUAAUAAGUGUGCAUGAUGGGAAUAGUGGUUUAUUAAGUGUGCAUGAUGGGAAUAGUGGUUUAAUAAGUGUGCAUGAUGGGAAUAGUGGUUUAGUAAGUGUGCAUGAUGGGAAUAGUGGUACGUGUGCAUGAUGGGAAUAGUGGUUUAGUAAGUGUGCAUGAUGAAAAUAUUGGUUUAGUUCAGUCAGUGUUUUAACACCGUAUGUUUGCAUGAUGAGAAUAGUGGUUUAGUUCUGUCUGUGUUCGCUGGAGGUCAGAAACCUAAUGUUAAAUUCAGUUUGAGGGUGUAAGUAAGAAGUGAAAGGUCCUAAGCAUGGGGGAGGAAAUAUAAUACAAUUGUAUAGCCGUUGUUUUAAAUAUAUGCUUUUUGACUUUGCCAUAAAGUUGUUACCGAUGCUUCCUAUUUUUAAAUAUUUCAUUUUUUGCAAGGAUAUUCAUAAUAUAUCAAAUGCCAUAUCUGCGAGGCUUUAGUUCUAAGAUAUUAAUCUAAAAUAGUAUAAAGUCAAUGGGGGUAUAGAGCAAUUUACCAUCUGUCCAAUUAUUAAGAUGCUCUAGUUUUGAAAUAGAUAGAUUUUUAGACUGUAAGCAAAAAAAAAGGAGACAUGUUGAUUCUGUCUGGAGUAAACUAUGAAAGAGAUUCUUUUAUGUGGCGGUUGUGUGUGUGUGUAUGUGUGCAUGCAAGUGUAAUCUUUCUAAGCAGUGAGAAAUGAUAUAGUGAAUUAUAAUUUUGUUCAAUUUGUCUUGCUGUCAGAUUGCUUUUCACUUUUUCCUUCCUUACUUAUAUGUGUUAGACACUUUUUGCAAAGGAGUUCCCGUCCACUCCCUAUUGAAAGGGAAAAAUGAGUAAUUGAUCUGCAUUAAUUCAUGAGAUUUUUUUUAUUAUAUUCAAAACAAUUGUUGAUCAGCAGAUGAACAAUGUUAUGACUUAAUGUCAAAUUAGAAACUUUGCCCUACAGUUAAAACAAUGAAAAGCUGCAUCUCUCCUAUUCAUGAUCAAAUGCUGUGUCCUAAAAAGAAUUUCAUUUUCAUCUAUAUUCUCAAACACAGUCCCUGGUUGAGGAAUACAAAAAGGAAUUAUUCAUAAAACCUGACAUUUGACGUUUCAGUAAAUAUCAUGAUGGGAAAAAUUGAUAUGGAAAAAUUAAACUUCAAAAGAAGUUGGCACUACUAAACAUGAUAUUGGAAGUGUUUCUGCUAGUGGCAAUAUUUUCUCAAGAUCCUUCUGACAAUGACACAGGGUUGAUCUACACAAAAACUUCCGUUAUAAGUUAUUUGGAGUUAUCGUUAAAAAAACAACAACAACAAAAUCAGCUUUGUGGGCUGUAGGGAUUUUUUUAUUGCAACAUAUUCCUAUUUAAAUGUAUUUUAUUUUGUUGGAAGAUCUGAUGUGAGAUUUACGUGUUUAAGAACUGAUGUGAGAUCUACGUGUUUAAGAACUGAUGUGAGAUAUACGUGUUUAAGAACUGAUGUGAGAUCUACGUAUUUAAGAACUGAUGUGAGAUCUAUGUGUUUAAGAACUGAUGUGAGAUCUACUUGUUAAAGAACUGAUAUGAGAUCUACUUGUUUAAGAACUGAUGUGAGAUCUACAUGUUUAUGAAAUCAUGUUAGAUCUACCUGUUUAAGAACUGAUGUGAGAUAUACACGAAAAGCAAACUUGAUAUUUUGAUGCUAGCUUUAUUAUAUUUCUUUCAGGGCUGCUAUGAUGCAUUGAUAGAUUAUCUCCAGACAUAUUCUGCAGUGGUUGGGGCUGUAGCUGCCAUUGUGCCUCUAUUUUUGGUAAGCCCAAUUGUGUUGCUUUACUUUGUUCCUUUAAAUGAAGUUGGGUUUUUUGUCUGUCUUUUUUUUAAAUUAAUGUCUGUGAAUAUUUUGUUUAACAGGCUGAAUAUGAAGAGACAUGUUUUGGAACUCUUCAUUAUAACACACCUUGUGCUCAUAGCUUCAUAUUUUAAUGAGCAUGGUUGUUAAACUUUUUACUGACUUGGUAUCCAAUGUAUCUCCAUGUGAUUGAACCAUUGUUCAACCUGGCAUAAGAGAUUAUUGGCAGUAAUUUAACCCAUUACAUUGCAUUAAGAACUUCAUCACAAUGAGCCUGCUUUUAAAAGUAGUAGGGUGAAAAGCUCUGUGCUUUCAUUAUGCUCAUUUAAACUAACUUUAAUAUGAGCAAUUAUAAAAUGUGGAUUCAAAGAAUCAAAGUAAACUUUUAAUGUAUUUUAUAUGCAAACUUGCAGUGCAGUACCUUGAAAUAGUUUUGGAACCACUGAUUUAGUGUAAAUUUUUACCCAAUACUUACCCUAUUUUCCUUGAACCCUUUUGGAAAAUUUUAAUGAAAUAAAUAAUAAAUUACGAAAUCUUGAUAAUAAGAAACAUUUUCUUCAUGCAUUUUACAAGGUUGGUCAAAUUAAUCAGAGUUGGUCUAUAGAGCUCAUUAUUAUUAACAUGCUUUCUCAUUUGUCUUAAGGGGGGGGGGGAGAAUCUGUCCAUUAUUUACUUACAUGUGUUUGGGUCAGAUACAAUUGAUCCAUAAGGAAUAUCUCUGCUUUGAUUCAUUGCUUUCAUCAAAUGUUUUGAAGAGAUGAAGCAAGUUUGAUGCUUUUUAUUCCAAUGUACAAAAAAAUGAAUUAAAUUAAUUGGUUUUGAUGUGCACAUUACUUAAAUGUAUUUUCUUCCACACAAUUAGAAAUUUAUUUAGUUUGAUGUUAAAGACCACCCUCAGAAAUCCACUAAAAUCUUGAUUGUUACUUGUCAUCAAUUAAAGUUACAAAAUGAAAUCCUUACUAGAAUGUCAAACAAACAAACAAACCUGUACCGUUAGAUGAUUAAUUUGAUGGAGAAUUUCUAAUAAAAGCACAUUUUGUUCACCAUACUGCGGAGGUAUAACCUAAUCUAAAAUUUGAAUUAUUUGUUCUUUUCUUCCCCAGGUGUUUGGCAUUGUGAUAUCAUUUUGUCUGUGUUCCAGAGUUUCAGGCUAUUCCCAUGAUGAUGAAGUGGACUUAUAGCCCUGUGUGUUAUCUGCUGAUGUUAGAAGAUGAGAUUGUAAAUACCUGGAGUCUUGUGUCACACACAAGUUUGGCUGUAUAUACCUGGAGUCUUGUGUCACACACAAGCUUAUAAAUAUUCUACCUACAGCCCACACUUGAUGCAGCUGUACUGACUUUUGAUCCAUCCAUCAUGACUGAAUAAUGAGGCACCGUCCAGGCUUUCAAAGUGUGCAAUUGAAAGCUCUGGCAUCUUAAAGAAAAAAUAUCACAACCAUUUAAAGUAUUGGAGACUACCUUCUUACCACUUAUAAGAAAAAUGGCCAGUGAUAAUUCAAGAUGUUCAGUUUUCAUGGUUUGCCUACACUAAAUGAGGUUAUAUUUCUUGCUGGCCUUCCAAGACCUCGCCACUGAUUACAUGCAAAUGGAGAAGUUUAUUUUGGCAGGAGGCAGACUUGAGCUCUACAGUCAAUUUUGGGAUAUCUUUGAUGAGAGCUCUUGAUGGCUGCUAGGGAUUCUUGUGUAAUGUUUAACCAGUGAAGGUUAUGUGAUUUGCCUACUAUUGCCUCUCUUAACCAUACAUUAUCACAUCCCAUACGUUAUGCCUGGUAGGUACCAUACCUCUAACAGCCAUUAUAAUUUAUAUUCAACAUGAUGUUUAUGGUUUUAGUUUUUCUAGUUUUCAAAUUCUAAGACAAAGUCAAAUAAUCUUAGCCCUAUUGUAUAAUAAGAUUGCGGCCAACAUCAAGCAAAAACAUUUUAAAGUUUCUGAUGACAUAUCUGUUUUUAUACAUGUUAGUCACUUUCUCCCUUUAACUGUGUAGUCAUAUCAUGUAUUAAGGGUCACAUUUUUUCUGAUUAAACAAAGAAGCAUUAGUGAUUUCAUAUGAUUGUGACUUUAAGACCCUAGUCUUAUGACCCCAAACUAUUUUAUAUGUUGUGACAUCAGCCCUAAUCUAGUUGGAACCCUUGGUCACUAGACCUAAUUAAUUUGGAACAUUGGGUUUCUAAUCCCAUUCUAAUAUGGACUGUUAAAUCAUAUCUAGCCAUUUUUGGAUAGCUCUCAUCUGUGGUGAAUACUCCUGUUGUCAUAGCAGACCUAACACAGGUGACAUUUACAAUUUGCACUGCCGAUACACUUGGUUCAUUUUCCCUAACUUGAGCCAUAUUUUCCCUAAGUUGAGCCAUAUUUUCCCCUAGCAACACAUCAAAUAAUUUCCUACAUUCCAAAUGUUUCACAGACUUUUUCCCAACUCACCUUCCAACUAAACUUUGAACUGAGUUUUUUUCUACUAAAAAAAUGUCCAUGACCAGCUCUUUAUUAUAAGAUAACAGUUUCAGUCUUCAAGUUUUGCUAAUGAGUCAUGUGAUGCUAAAGUUUCAAGCAUGAUAACUGGGUACUUUUGCUCUUCUAGAAGAUGUAGAAUCUUUUCAAAGAAUUUGAGUUUGUAACUGUAGGGUGUUGCCAUUCGUUUCAGAAUAUUUUAUUUAAAUAUCAAUGAAGACACUGAACUCAUUAGACUUUAUUAGAAGCUGAAUAAAUUGGUUGCAUAGAUCAAAAGGUUUUCUUUUUUUUUUAAAAAAUGGGAUUUAUAAUGUAAGGUGACUUAAUUUUAAAAAGAAAUUCUAAACAUUUUCUAUGACAUUCACUAAGGUUACCAAAUAAUAAAACAUCUGCCUGAUACAAAAUAUAUUACUGUAUAGUACCUGGUACUCAACAACAUUAAAGAACAUAGUUACAGUGUAGCAUGUGCUACAGAACAUUGUUACGGUAUGGUGGAGCAUAUGCUACAGGAUAAUUUUACAGUUCGGUGGAGCAUAUGCUACAGAUAAAUGUUACAGUCUAGAACCUGCUGUAGAAAAUGUUGCAUUGCAGUUCCUGGUAGAGUACAUGGUUACAGUAUAGCUUCUGACUGUGUUUCCAUAAAUCUACAAAGGUUUCUCUUAAAAUAAGAUGAGAUUUAAAUGGCAUUAGUCAUGAACUCUAAUUGGAUUAAAACUGUUAAGCAAUCCCUGAAAAUUGUUUAGUUACUUAAGUGAACCAUGUGGUGUUCAUAGUGCUCCUCAGAUGUGCUAGUAUUGCAUAGUGGGGCAGUAUGUUUAUUAAAAAACAAUCCCUUUGACAUGCACCACCUCUUCCCUUAUGUGUGACAUACACACUCAAAAUCCUGUCCCAAAAAUAGAAUUAAGUUGAUAUUUAUUGAUAUAUCAAUGGUGAAGAACACUAUUCAUUAUAAUUUGAAUGUAAUUCGUUACUUAAAUUUCAAAGCACACAAACAAAAGUUGAACUGUUAUUUUAAUAUAGAUGUCCAUUGUUAUGAUUUGUUAAAUUGCUAACAUUUGAUUGUAAAUCUAUUUGUUAUUAUAAAAGUUGUUCAAUGAGUAAUUAUUUGCAGAGUCCUAUAACCUUUCAUCAUCCAGUGAUUUGCCAUGUCCUAUGAUAUGUAGCUCUGUAUACUUAUGUACUUCUGAUGUUGUCAUGUUAUAUAUAACAAUUCCAUGUAUAUUUCAGGUAUGCCAACACAUGUUAAUUGCAUGUCCAAAUUUGACUCACAAACACCGCAUAUAUUCAGUCAGCACCAUUUUUUUCAUUAAAUUAAACGAGAGCCAGUGAGCCAGCAAAUAUUCAUUUGUGAAAGGGAUGAGAGAGAGAGACAAAGUCUAACAAUUCAUUUCUCAUGUGUCUAUCUGGCUAUUUAACAAUGUGAAUAAGUUUAUAAGAUGAGCAAUCUAUGUACAAGAAGUUCAGAAUCGGCAGCUUCUUGGCUUAAGGAGAAUUUCAUCAGCUCUUUGAUUCUGG